AUGCCCAAGGAAUGUUCAGAUGGUGUGGAUGACAUUGAUGAAGUCCUGUCCUCCACUUUGGGUGCUCUAUAUGGGCGAGCCACACCAGCAGUGGUGAAACAAGCCUGGGAGGUUCUAAGUGAUAGCUAUGGCAGCAAUGUCAGCAGGUUCAAGUCAGAGUACCUCAAUCCAGUCCUGGAGUUGCUGCACAAAGUACAGGAG